CGUAAUGAGGGCGGUGCGCUCUGCGCCGCCGGAAGUGUCUGCCGGAUUGUAAAUAAGCCCAGAAAAGCCAGGAAGAAACUGUCUCCAUCUUGGCCUGCGCCGGUCUUGCGACGUCGUGGAGAUGGGGAGCGUGCUGGGGCUGUGCUCCGUGGCGAGCUGGAUCCCAUGUUUGUGUGGCAGUGCCCCAUGCUUGCUGUGCCGGUGUUGCCCUAGUGGAAACAACUCUACAGUGACUAGAUUGAUCUAUGCACUUUUCUUGUUUGUUGGCGUAUGUGUAGCCUGUGUGAUGCUGAUACCGGGAAUGGAAGAACAACUAAAUAAGAUCCCUGGAUUCUGUGAGAAUGAGAAAGGUGUUGUUCCCUGUAACAUUCUGGUUGGCUACAAAGCCGUGUAUCGCCUGUGCUUCGGUUUGGCAAUGUUCUAUCUUCUCCUCUCUCUGCUCAUGAUCAAGGUGAAAAGUAGCAGUGACCCUAGAGCUGCAGUACACAAUGGAUUCUGGUUUUUUAAAUUUGCAAUAGCAGUUGCAAUUAUUAUUGGGGCAUUCUUCAUUCCGGAAGGAACUUUUACAACUGUGUGGUUUUAUGUGGGCAUGGCAGGAGCAUUUUGUUUCAUCCUCAUACAGCUUGUCUUACUGAUUGAUUUUGCCCAUUCUUGGAAUGAAUCCUGGGUUGAAAGAAUGGAAGAAGGGAACUCAAGAUGUUGGUAUGCAGCCCUCUUGUCAGCCACAGCUGUGAACUACCUGUUGUCGUUAGUUGCUGUGGUCCUCUUCUUUGUCUACUACACUCACCCAGCCAGCUGCUCUGAAAACAAGGCGUUCAUCAGCGUCAACAUGCUCCUUUGCCUCGGCGCAUCUGUCAUGUCUAUUCUUCCAAAAAUCCAAGAGUCACAGCCAAGGUCUGGUUUGCUACAGUCUUCAGUAAUUACAGUCUACACAAUGUAUUUGACCUGGUCUGCUAUGACCAACGAACCAGAAACAAAUUGCAACCCCAGUCUGCUUAGCAUAAUUGGUUUCAAUACAACAAGCAGUGUCCCAAAGGAUGGGCAGUCUGUGCAGUGGUGGCAUGCCCAAGGGAUUAUAGGUCUCAUCCUCUUCUUGCUGUGUGUGUUUUACUCAAGCAUCCGUACUUCAAACAAUAGUCAGGUUAAUAAACUGACUCUAACUAGUGAUGAAUCAACAUUAAUAGAGGAUGGUGGUGCCAGGAGUGAUGGAUCGCUGGAGGACGGUGAUGAUACUCACCGAGCUGUAGAUAACGAAAGAGAUGGUGUCACUUACAGCUAUUCCUUCUUCCACUUCAUGCUGUUCCUGGCUUCGCUGUACAUCAUGAUGACUCUGACCAACUGGUACAGGUAUGAACCCUCUCGUGAGAUGAAAAGCCAGUGGACAGCAGUCUGGGUGAAGAUCUCUUCCAGCUGGAUUGGCAUCGUGCUGUAUGUUUGGACACUGGUGGCACCUCUUGUUCUGACCAAUCGUGACUUUGACUGAAUGUAACCUGUGGCAUGAAAAUCCCUCUUUGGUUACUGCUUAUUUGAAAUCUCCAGUAUUCCCAGCUUUUGUAAAGUUGUGUAUGUAUGUGUGCUCCUAUGUAACUCCAGUGUGUUUUCCAGCAUGGGUUAGAUUGCAGUGCUUGCCAUUUCAUUCAUUUUCUUGCCAAAUGUGUCACGUGAACUAGAGUUGCAAAGGGAGAAUUUGAGUAUGGUAGCAAGUUAAUAAAAGUGGUUAUUGGUAGAUAUAUCCUCUGUUCUGUACAUGUGACAUUAAAAGUGAAAACAAAAUUGUUUAAUGGUAAAAUUGUGUUUGACCUAAAGUUAUUUUACAAAGCAUGAAUGAAAAUGUGUGGCUGACUUUAAAAGUAUUUGAUGUGUUGCCUUACAGAGGACUACAAAGAAAAGGGUCGGUUAUUCUAAAAUUGUAUAAACAAUUGCUAAACGUGAAAAAUACAGUCACAUUUUGUUAGGAUUUUCCCUUAAUAGGUAGGGAAUGUUCCAUGUUCAGUGAAAAAUAGUAUAGGGUAUGGCUGGAGGUCAACAGAGCCUUCAGAGAAAGAUUAUUGAUGGUGAGUAUUAAAUACUCUGAGAUUGAAAUCUUCCUUGGGUAGAAAGCAUGGCUUUACAAAAUGAAUGUUAUCUAUGUGAACCCAUAUGAAAACUGGUUUCAAGCAGUUGUUAGCUACUCUUAUGACAAGGUUUUAAGAAGGAUAACUAUGGAUUAGAAGAAAGGUGUUAAAAUCAUAGAAGUUGGUUUUGAAUAUCAAAGAUGGGGAAACUUCUAGCAAUAGGAAGAAACUUCAAAAUGCUAUGUUCCAGUGGGUAUUUAGAUCAACAUUUCAUCUGAUUGGCAAAGUUUAGAAAUUCUAAGUCUACCAAAAGUAGCACCAUUCUGACAUUAAAAUAAUUUGUACUGGAAAUACAUGCAUAGCUGAUUGUAUAUGUCAUUAAUGGUGGACAGUUUAUGUGGUAUGCAUUGCUGCUGUCCAGCAUGUUUUUUUCCCUACACUAAGGCCAGGAAGAUGCUGGACUGUUGUAAAAUAAACUCCCACUUACAGUGAAGCUCCAGUGAAGCAAGUUAAAAGUGCUUAUAUAUUUACUGCCAUGUAUUGAGAUAUAUACUUACUCCUUCAACCUGAAAAAUCAAGAAGUAUGAGUUAAUUUAGGUAGAAAAGCCUACUGGUUUGUGUGCCUGAUUAGUGUCUAGUGAGCUUUUAAAAAUCCACAUUUGCUUCUUUAAAAAUAUUUAUUAUUGUGAAUGGAAUAUAACAUUUCACCUUAAUUUCCCACCCUUCUGUGUAUUGAUAUUUUGUUCCAAGUUUGAAUGAAUGUGUUCUAUCUCUAAAUAAAUAAAUUCAAAAAACAUUG